UCUCUCUCUUGCAGUCCAUCCAGACCCAGCAAAGCAUAUUGGCACGACUGCACCUACUCGACAUUAGCCUUCGUUUCAGUUCUAUCAAUCGUUCACUCGACUUGCUUCCCUUAGAUGGCCGACUACACGUACCUCGACGGGGUCAUAGCCGGUAGCGGCAACAGGCGUCACUUCUCUACCGAUCAAAGCCCUGAUCUUGAGCUUGCUAACGCCAAUUCUAUGGAGCUUCUUGUUCAGCAGCAAAUCAAUCAGCAACUACUUCUAUCGCCAACAAUACCCCAACGUCAUGAUUCGCUUUUCCAGUGUUCGCCCUCUACCACGCCGAGGCCUUCACUCUCCCAGCAUCAGGCUGAGGCACAGGCUUAUGCCCUUGCCUCGAUGACCCCGCACACUACCAACGGCUACCUGCAGCGUCCGGUCAAUAUGUCGCGCUCUGCGUCACAGUACUCGUCGACGUCUUCCGGUCACUAUCAGAGGUACAAUAACCAACCCCGUGUGUCGCGCGGCUCGUUUGGCAACGCCUCGCCUCCAAUGGCACCCGAUAUGUCACGUUCGGCAUCACAGUAUUCGGCCUCAUCAACAGCCCAACAAGCUGCGCCUCAGCCUAGCGUGACUCAGCCGCACAUCGAUACCACUAACCACCUCCCAAUACGGCCGUCGAACAUACCGUCGAACCUACCGUCGACGAACUCACCAGCAAACCUUCGAGCUGAUCAGAACUUAAAGUACCUACCAGAUCCAAUUUUUGAGUUCGACGUCAAUGAUAUCAUGGGUGGAACGCUGGGUGGAGAGGAGAGUGGGAACAAGAUGAUUGGUCCCGAGACUACUACAAACGUGUAAGUGCUCUCCAUGCUUUUUGCACUAUGUGAUGAAUGAGCCACGCAGUUUGACCCAUGGACUGUUUCUCGGGUACGAUCCGUAAACAAGACCGCCACCUAAUUCAUGCCCACCUUUUUGACCAGGCUGCCAUGGAUAUUAUAUACUGCCAUGGAAAUUUAGACAAACAAAACACCAGUAAUAUGGUAAACUCUUGUAGCCACUAAGGACACCAAGAGCUUGAUCAAGUCUCAGAUCGCGAUACACAUUCUAUCCAGAGCCUCCCUUAUGUCUAGUCAUUCGCCUCGCCAAACAAGAAGUAUACAACACAUUACCUGAACACCGGAGCCGUCCAAGACCUUACAUCCACUUGAACCGAACUGCACUUCUCCUUGGCAGAACAACGGAUGAUUUCUCAGGUAC